GGGACUGUGCUGGAAGCUGGAAGAAGCAGAUAAGGGGCAGAAAGAGACAGAGAGGGACAGAAAGUAGAAGAAUAGUGUUCGGGAAAACAGGUUGACCAAAGAGAUCCAACAAAAAGGCAGUCUGUUGAGGAAACCACUGCUACCGUCUGUAGAAUGGUGAAGAUCAGUUGUUGCACGCUGCUACUGGGGAUGUUGAUCUGUUCCUGCCUCUGGAGUCCUGCUGAGACAGUGGGAGGAGCCAAGAGUCGACCUCGACCUCAAAGAAGACCCAAGAAGCAGAAGGUCAACCCGGUGGACGAGAACCCACCAGCUUCGAACAUUGAUAUACAACAGAUGACAGGAACAUGGUAUCUCCUCAUUGCUUCCUCCAAAUGCCCCUACCUGUUAAAGCAUGGAACCAAUGUGCAGCCAACUGUCAUGACCCUCACGCGCUCCUCUGCUUCAGACCAAAUUCUGUCUGUUAGCACCAAAACACGACAUAACCAUCAGUGUUGGGAGAUAAAACAAGAGUACCAUCUGUCUCCAGUUGCUGGACGUUUGACACUCAAAGGUCAGCUUUCAUCUGUAAGCUUUUUACUGAAUGACACUGCAAGUUCUUGGAGAGAAAUUCUGUUGUUCCUGCCAGGAGAUCGUCCUGAACGGAACACUGAAAUAGUGAUCGGGGAAACAGACUACACCUCGUAUGCUGUCAUAUACUACCACAAACAGGGCCAGGUCACAGUAAAGCUGUACAGCAGGUCUGUGGAAACGCUUUCAGAGCCCAUGUUGACCAAAUUUGAGCAGCUCGCUGAAAAGCAGGGCUUUGGGCUGGCCUAUCACUUUUCCUUCCCCGAUUACAGUCACUGUGGUGAAGUGGAUCAGGACCACGUUAUCAAUUGCAUUCCUACAUGCUGAAGAAGAUGGGCUCCACCGUGGAUUUUCCUGAUUUUAGUUUGAAAUGAAUUGCAAACAAAGAAGGAAAUACAUAUUCUAAUGUGUGAAAAAUAAAGUUUACAUGAGAACAUUUA